UAGGGGGCGGGGACAGAGGCCCGCGGGGAGGGGCCGGGAGGAGCGCAGGGGCCUAGAGGGCUCCACGAAAUCUGUGCGAGGCUGGCGGCCGGCAGCGAGGCGGCCGGGGUGGACUGGCCCGAGAGGGAGCCCCAUUCCGGGAGCAGUCCGAGGAGGCCGCCUCGAGGGCAGACAGACGGCAGGGAGGGCCAGCAUGCCCCCACUGCUUCACCCCGCCCUGCCGCUGCUUCUGAGCGCCACGCUGACCUUCCGGGGGCUCCGGAGAGCGCUCUGCUGCCUGCCGCUGCCGGCGCACGUGCGCGCCGACCCCCUGCGCACCUGGCGCUGGCACAACCUGCUCGUCUCCUUCGCCCAUUCCAUCGUGUCUGGAAUCUGGGCGCUGCUGUGUAUAUGGCAGACCCCGGAGUUGCUGGUGGAGAUUGAGACGGCAUGGUCGCUUUCUGGCUACCUGCUAGUUUGCUUCUCCGCAGGGUAUUUCAUCCACGACACGGUGGACAUCGUGAUUAGUCAUCAAGCCCAAGCUUCUUGGGAAUACCUGGUUCACCACGUCAUGGCCAUGGGUGCCUUCUUUUCAGGCAUCUUUUGGAGCAGUUUUGUCGGUGGGGGAGUCCUAACAUUGCUGGUGGAGGUCAGCAACAUAUUUCUCACCUUCCGCAUGAUGAUGAAGAUCAACAAUGCCCAGCACCUUCUCCUCUACCGGGUCAACAAAUAUGUCAAUUUGGUCAUGUACUUUCUCUUCCGCCUGGCCCCUCAGGCCUACCUCACGCACUACUUCUUGCGUUACUUGGGCCAGAGGACUCUGGGCACUUUUCUGCUGGGUAUCCUGCUCAUGCUGGACAUCAUGAUCCUCAUCUACUUUUCCCGUCUCCUCCGCUCAGACUUCUGCCCUCAGCGUGUCCCCAGCCAGCAACACAAAGACAAGUUUUUGACUGAGUGAGAGGCACAAAGCCUACAACUUGUGGCAAGAGCAAACACAGCCAAGAACAGAGCCUCAUACAUAUAUGAAAGAAUUAGCCCCAAGCCUGGGGCAUCCUGGGGAUAACCUCUCCACCUUUGAAGUCUGCACCUACUAUUGAAAAUGCUAAUGAAAGCA